UCGCAACUGGCGAGUGACACAGCAACAAAGUAGCUCGUACAAUAACAGUGGAGAGAAUGCAUACGGGCAGGGUGGACAGAUGUAUAACGCUAGCCAGAAGAACUGGCCGAGGAAGCCUGAGGAUGACGAAAAGAUAAACAGGCUGCUUGGCCUCAUGGAACUGCAGCAGUUGGAAGUCGAGGAAAGGAAACGAGUCAAACUAGAAAAGAAGCGCUUGGAGGAGGAGAAGCAGAAGCAUGAGGAAGCGAGGCUGAGGGAAGAAGCGGAACGGAAGAGGCUGGAAGAAUUACUCGAUGCGAGAGCAGCCCAAGCAUUGAAGAAACAAAUGCAGCAGUUUGAAGAGCGGGUCAAUUGGCAGGUGCAGUCGACAAUAGAUGAGAGACUACCAAUGGUAGCUGAGAAAGAUGUACAAAUUAGUAGCAGCAUGCUUAGCAAGCAGCUGCAGCAAAUAGAAGAACGGAUUAAACAGCAGGUGCAGCACACUCUAGAGACACAGCUGCCAUUUUCCGCGGAGAAGGGUGCGGGGAUGUCUGACGGUUUACACAGGUACGUGAACCAGUCAGCGGACAGGGAAGUUGGUAGGAAGGGAGGAAGUGCAAACCUUGGUUUGAGAAGGAAGCUGAUACUUGAGGAGGUGGAGUGUGACCCUGUUGAAAGUGGGGAGGCUGCUACAACCCCAGUGACGAAGAAGAGAUCAGCAUCAACCCGCACUCCAAGGAUCCCAGAGAAGACAGACACAGACAAGAAGAAAGGGGCGGUAGCAUCGUGCUCUAAGGAUGGGGUUAUUGACUUCGUACUAGAGCUCAGGCAAAAUCUGGACGCAAAGAAGGUCCCAGAGUUGAAGCGUAUGUGCAAGAGUAGAAGCAUCAAGCUCGUCGUUAAGGACCAAGCUGUGAAAGAUUUAGUUGCGUACGAGAUGAGAGUUGCGGACGAAGGAUGGCUGGAUGGGGCAGAUAGCUCCAGCAGUAAGAAAGAGGGCGGACUGUCUGAGGUUGAUGCAGCACCACGCACCAAAUGACGGUGUCUACCCCCUAUGGCGCAUCUCUGGGACAAAAUGGCCGUGUAUAUGAACCUCAGGGAUGCCGUGUGGGGGACCUAUGGCUUCGCUAACCUGAGACUAGUAGUUGAGCAAGCCAUAAUUGCAGUCUUUAUUUUGUUGACAAUGUUUGGACACAUACCCUGGAUGAUGCGAAAACAUAUGUCGAGACUUGCCAGGUUUGUCACCGUGACAAACCAAGGACGCAAGCACCGCUUGGGCUUAUCAAGCCCUUGCCUAUCAGUAGUGGACCUGGUCAGAGUGUGUUUAUGGACUUCAUGGAUACUCUUGUGACCAGCAAGAGCGGUAAGAGACACAUCUUCAUCAUUGCGGACAGGUUUAGUAAGUAUUCUAGACUUAUCGCUAUGCCUGAGACAGC